CGCCUUUUUUUCAGCAAUUCAAGAUUACAUAAUAGCUUCAGAUUAUUUCAUCGUCCCAUUUCACCUGAAUUUCACUCGACUGUUGCUGUCCUGCAGGUAUGGAUCAAUCAGUUUGUGUGGGCUUCGAUUUUCUCCAUGCAUUUCCAGUCAGUGAUUCGUGUUUUCUCGUCUGUGUCCUGUAGGUUUUGAGACAUAAACAUUAAGAACAAGUUGCAGCCAUGGCAGAAAAAGUUGUGCUUUAUUACUUCAACGGGAGAGGGAAAAUGGAGUCAAUCCGCUGGCUGCUGACAUUUGCAGGGGUUGAGGUAAGUUAAAGGAGAUGUUUAUAUAAGAUAAACAUUUUAUUUAUCUGCUUAUUUUCUAGAGUGGAACCUUGAACCCACGUGAUGUUUCUUAAAAUACUUCUAAUAUUUUAAUUCACAGUUUGAGGAGGUGUUUCUGACAAAACGGGAGCAAUAUGUGGAACUUUUAAAAGGUAAAUGGUUAAAAAAAAAUCUAUGUCUGUUCGAGGCUUAAACCGUGUCAGUGUAUUCUUUGGUUCUUUGGACUGUAUCCAAGUCACAUGAAGUUUUAAGCUUAAUCUCGCCUUUUGCCUUGGUUUUCAAUCAACUUCCACCUACAUGUGCUGUAACCUUGGAAAAAGACCAUAAUCUGAAUGCAAAUGCCUCACUAUGCUGUUUGACCUGUGCACAGACUUAGAGUUCACAGUAUAAAUCAGUGUUCUACCUGGGAGUGUCCACCUGAAUGAUCUGCUGUUAUUCUUCCUCCAGAUGGGUCACUCAUGUUUCAACAAGUUCCCAUGGUGGAGAUCGAUGGCAUGAAGCUAAUUCAGACAAAGGCCAUCCUGAAUUACAUUGCAGAAAAGUACAAUCUCCAUGGAAAAGACAUUAAAGAUCGUGUCAUGUAUGUUGUAUUUUUUAAUAAACGACAGAACCAUCAUUGUAUUGUCGGAUUUUAUGUGGUUAAUUUGUUACAGUUUAUAAUUCUGGCUCCCCUCAGGAUCAACAUGUACUCAGAGGGACUGACGGAUCUGAUGGAGAUGAUCAUGAUGCUGCCCUUCACUCAAGACCCCAAACCCAAACUGGAAAACAUUGAAACUAAAGCAAAAGAGCGUUACCUUCCCGUAUUUGAAAAGGUACAAGUAAUAAAUGAUCUUGGUUUGAAAUGACACAUUUGGUUGUUACAGAUAGUUAAAUAAGAUUUUUUUGCUUUUCUCAGGUGUUGUGUGAGACUGUUCACCUGGUGGGAGGUAAGCAUAGCAUGGCAGAUGUCCUUCUGGCUGAAUGCACGCUCAUGUUGGAGGAGAAAUUUCCAGGGAUUCUUGCUGAUUUCCGCAACAUCAAGGUAAAUGUCUUCAUAUGAAGCUCUAGUGUAGUGAUCAUAGCUGUGUACACUUCUAAAUAACUUGCCUCUACACGUCUCUCCAGUCUUUCCAGGGCAGGAUGACGGAAAACUUGUUCAUUAAGAAAUUCCUGCAAUCAGGCAGCAAGAGGAAGCCGCAGCCAGAUGAGCACUACGUGAAGACCGUCAUGGAGGUGUUUGACAUUAAAAAAAUACCAUUCCAGUAAAGGGACAUUUCUCUCACUGGCGCUUUAGAGUCAUAUUUAAGGAUAUCCUAUUCUGCAUAUGAAUCAAUAUCAUUUCCCUUAAUUUUGUGGUUAUUCGGUACACUGUUCAUCAUUAAGUGAAGGUCUGACCAGAACUAAAGCAAUUAUAAUGAUCUUAAAUAGCACCAUGAGGCUGUUUCACUGUGAAAAUUCUGCAAAAUAAAUUUUCUAUUUUUGAAGAAAACUAA